UUAUCACUUGCAAGGUUUCCACAAGGUAGUUUGCAGUGAAAUCCGCAGUCCCGUAGCCCAUAACUUGUCCAAAAUGUCAUCGGUACCUCGCAGUGAUCAGGAGAAACGGAAACAAAUCAGUGUCCGAGGGAUUGCUGGAGUUGAAAACAUCGCUGAAGUGAAAAAGACUUUUAAUCGGCAUUUGCAUUACACUCUGGUAAAAGACAGAAAUGUUGCUACCCAAAGAGAUUAUUAUUUUGCUUUGGCUCAUACUGUGAAGGAUCAUCUAGUCAGCCGAUGGAUUCGAACGCAACAAUAUUAUUAUGAAAAAGAUCCGAAGAGAAUAUACUACCUUUCCCUUGAAUAUUAUAUGGGACGGACUCUUACAAACACCAUGAUUAAUCUCAACGUCCAGAGUGCAUGUGAUGAAGCUCUCUACCAGCUUGGCUUAGAUAUUGAAGAUCUAGAAGACAUGGAAGAAGAUGCUGGAUUAGGAAAUGGAGGUCUUGGUAGAUUGGCGGCUUGUUUCUUGGAUUCGAUGGCAACUUUGGGCCUGGCCGCAUAUGGAUAUGGAAUGCGAUAUGAAUAUGGCAUAUUUUCACAGCGCAUUAAAAACGGAGAGCAGAUUGAGGAACCCGAUGACUGGUUAAGAUUUGGAAACCCAUGGGAGAAAGCCAGACCCGAAUAUACCCUACCCGUGAAUUUUUAUGGUCGUGUAGAACAGACUGAUAAAGGUUGCAAAUGGGUAGACACGCAGAUUGUGUUCGCUAUUCCAUACGAUAAUCCCAUACCUGGCUUUAGGAACAAUAUUGUGAACACAAUGCGAUUGUGGUCGGCCAAGUCUCCCAAUAGUUUCAAUUUAAGGUUUUUCAACGAUGGUGAUUAUAUUCAAGCUGUAUUGGACAGAAAUUACGCAGAAAACAUCUCAAGGGUUUUGUAUCCCAAUGAUAAUUUCUUUGAAGGCAAGGAAUUGAGGCUUAAACAAGAAUACUUCAUGGUAGCAGCGACUCUGCAAGAUAUUAUCAGACGUUACAAGUCAUCAAAGUUUGGAAGUAGAGAUGCUGUUCGAACUUGCUUCGACGCCUUCCCAGACAAAGUUGCUAUUCAGCUAAAUGAUACUCAUCCUGCUAUGGCAAUUCCAGAGCUUAUGCGGAUACUUGUAGAUGUUGAAGGUGUUACAUGGGAUAAGGCUUGGGACAUCACAACUAGAACGUGUGCUUAUACGAAUCAUACUGUAUUGCCUGAAGCACUUGAAAGAUGGCCUGUGAGUAUGCUGGAAAAUAUUCUUCCUAGACAUCUCCAAAUCAUGUAUGAAAUUAAUGCAAGAUUCCUCGAAAAAGUAUCCAAAAGGUGGCCCGGAGAUGUUGAUAGAUUGCGAAGGAUGUCUUUAGUAGAAGAGUAUGGGGAAAAGCGAAUCAAUAUGGCUCACUUGGCCAUAGUGGGCUCCCACGCUGUCAAUGGGGCGGCUUGUUUCUUGGAUUCGAUGGCAACUUUGGGCCUGGCCGCAUAUGGAUAUGGGUUGCGAUAUGAAUAUGGCAUAUUUUCACAGCGCAUUAAAAACGGAGAGCAGAUUGAGGAACCCGAUGACUGGUUAAGAUUUGGAAACCCAUGGGAGAAAGCCAGACCCGAAUAUACCCUACCCGUGAAUUUUUAUGGUCGUGUAGAACAGACUGAUAAAGGUUGCAAAUGGGUAGACACGCAGAUUGUGUUCGCUAUUCCAUACGAUAAUCCCAUACCUGGCUUUAGGAACAAUAUUGUGAACACAAUGCGAUUGUGGUCGGCCAAGUCUCCCAACAGUUUCAAUUUAAGGUUUUUCAACGAUGGUGAUUAUAUUCAAGCUGUAUUGGACAGAAAUUACGCAGAAAACAUCUCAAGGGUUUUGUAUCCCAAUGAUAAUUUCUUUGAAGGCAAGGAAUUGAGGCUUAAACAAGAAUACUUCAUGGUAGCAGCGACUCUGCAAGAUAUCAUCAGACGUUACAAGUCAUCAAAGUUUGGAAGUAGAGAUGCUGUCCGAACUUGCUUCGACGCCUUCCCAGACAAAGUUGCUAUUCAGCUAAAUGAUACUCAUCCUGCUAUGGCAAUUCCAGAGCUUAUGCGGAUACUUGUAGAUGUUGAAGGUGUUACAUGGGAUAAGGCUUGGGACAUCACAACUAGAACGUGUGCUUAUACGAAUCACACUGUAUUGCCUGAAGCGCUUGAAAGAUGGCCUGUUAGUAUGCUGGAAAAUAUUCUUCCUAGACAUCUCCAAAUCAUGUAUGAAAUUAAUGCAAGAUUCCUCGAAAAAGUAUCCAAAAGGUGGCCCGGAGAUGUUGAUAGAUUGCGAAGGAUGUCUUUAGUAGAAGAGUAUGGGGAAAAGCGAAUCAAUAUGGCUCACUUGGCCAUAGUGGGCUCCCACGCUGUCAAUGGAGUAGCUGCCAUUCAUUCGGAGAUUAUUAAGAAAGAUAUUUUCCGUGAUUUUUCUGAAAUGUAUCCUGAAAGAUUCCAGAAUAAGACCAAUGGUAUUACACCUCGUCGUUGGCUGCUAUUGUGUAAUCCAAGUUUAGCAGAUGCCAUCGCUGAGCGAAUCGGUGAUAAAUGGACCACUCAUCUUGAAGAGCUCGCACAAUUGAAGAAGUUUGUCAACGAUGCAUCUUUCAUUCGUACCAUUCAUAAAAUUAAGCAGGAAAAUAAACUUAAAGUUGCUGCUUAUUUAACCAAAGAAACUGGAGUGAAUGUCAAUCCUGCGUCAAUGUUUGACAUACAAGUGAAACGAAUUCAUGAGUACAAGAGGCAGUUGUUGAAUUGCUUACAUAUAAUUACUCUAUACAAUAGAAUUAAGAAAAAUCCAAAUGCACCUUUUGUACCAAGAACAAUAAUGAUUGGUGGUAAGGCUGCUCCAGGAUACCACACAGCAAAGCAAAUAAUAAAAUUGAUUUGCGCCGUUGGAAACGUAGUUAAUAAUGAUCCUGUUGUUGGAGAAAAGUUGAAAGUAAUUUUCUUGGAGAACUACAGAGUUACUCUAGCAGAAAAAAUUAUCCCUGCUGCCGAUUUAAGUGAACAGAUAUCCACUGCUGGUACAGAAGCUUCUGGAACUGGAAAUAUGAAGUUUAUGUUAAAUGGAGCUUUGACUAUUGGAACACUAGACGGUGCUAACAUCGAAAUGAAAGAAGAAAUGGGUGCCGAGAAUAUCUUCAUCUUUGGUAUGACAGUUGAUGAAGUUGAAGCUUUGAAGAGGAAAGGGUAUAAUGCUUGGGAUUACUACAACAGUAACCCAGAGUUAAAACAAGCUGUUGAUCAGAUCAGUGGAGGAUAUUUUAGUCCUAAUAAUCCGGACCAGUUCAAAGAUUUGACAAAUAUUUUGCUAAACCAUGACAGGUUUUUCCUAUUUGCUGAUUAUGAUGCUUAUAUUAAGUGCCAAGAGCGAGUGAGUGACAUGUUCACGAAUACUGAAGAAUGGACAAAGAUGGCAAUAAUGAACAUAGCUUCGUCCGGAAAAUUUUCAAGUGAUCGCACAAUUGCAGAAUAUGCAAGGGAAAUUUGGGGCGUUGAACCUAGUUGGGAGAAGUUACCUGCUCCUCAUGAAACCAGAGAGUGAUAAUAUUAAAGGCCUGCCUCAUUUUCUUCCUGAUGUUUUGAGGUUUAUCUUAAAGCUGCACAGUACAUGGUUUGUUUUAGUGGAUGCUUUUUGAACAAAGUAUUUAAGGACUGCUUUGAAUAUGUUGCCACAAUGCUCCAGGAAUGAGUGAUAUCAACACACAGUUGGAAAACUGAAGUGCCAUUUUAAAACUUGUUCAAGUUUUUUUUUUUUUUUUUUCAUUUAUGCUUACAUAUGCAAGUGUCUCAAUUGUUCUCAUCCUACUUGUUCCUAUUUAUGUUUCAGAGUCAAAAGUAUUUUAUUUUCAUUUUAAAGAUAACAUCAUAAAAAUAUCAGGAAUCUCUUGGAUGCCAAUUGGUCUCCUUCUUUUUAAGUCCUAAUUAUUAAAAUUCACUGUGGAAUGUUUUUACAAUUAUUGAAAUAUUAAUGUUUACAAGAAUUGCAUUUUGUCGCCUAGUAAAAUGUGAUCGCUUUUAUAAUGUUCUGGAGCAUAUAUUCAUGCAGUAGAUACCCAUAAAUAUUUUGUAUAUAGAUAUAUAUUGUUGUUAAAUAUAUAAAAAAUUAAUGUUCUUUUUUCUUCCAAAAUGCUUGACUGCAUUUUCAGUUUAAAUAAAAUUCUAAAGUUUUGUUGUA